GCUAAAAAUGACAGAAGGAGGCGCCGAUCGUAGCAUGCCAGAAACCGAAAGGGUUCAAAUGCAAAGCAGGCUGUACAGCCGCCACUCUAGGAAUUAUGUUGAAAGUGUGUCCGUGGAAGUAUGCAAUAUCAUGACCCAGCUAGGAUAUGGAGAGGAAAUCAGACGGAUGCGUGUUGAGAAGUACAGGGCACAGGAUACGCAGGUGAACUCAAUAGCAAAUAUUUUUUCAUGUCAAACUACAGUUGGCAGCAAGGCCGAGGGGCUUACCUUCAGUUUUGAAAGCGAUCGUGACCAUAUAAUCGUGCGUGAAGGUGUCACCUGCUUAGAAGCUGGAGUCGAUCUACGCACCAUACCAGACGACAUAGAAGUGUACAGAAUGGAUACAAGUGUAUACCCAGGACAUUGCAGGAUGUUACUGGAGAGACCUGCUUCCAAACGUUUUAUUGAAAUUAUAAAUUCUCUGUGUGAUGACGGAAAAGGGAACACUAUUCUUAGCAGCGGUUUAUUUCUUGAUGGAUGUGCAAAAUACACGCAUGGGUUUUGGGGUGCAAUUCCAGGUGAACGCGCGGGGCCCUCACUUCCUGUGUCAACAAAAAUAGGAGGAUUUAAAAGCGACAUUGUGUUUGCUUUUCCCUGUCAAUGCCCCGGCAUCCUGCACAGAUGGGCUCAUCGACCUCGACUUUGGCCGCAACCAGAUGUCGUGCAGAAAAUUGUAUUAUUAGGAUCAUUUGUUACCCCUAUAGGCUUUAAAGGCAGCGAAUAUGGAUAUUUAGAAUGGAGGAUUUGCUUUAACACGGGUGAAACGGAACUCGUUAACAAUCUAACUGAUACUCAGGCAAAAGUGUAUGUAAUUCUUAAAAUGAUUUUAAAAGAGAUACUAAAACCAAAAACUAAAGCAGUAACAUCCUAUGUGCUGAAAAAUGUUAUACUUUGGCAAGCAGAAAGCAAUUCACCCGCACUAUUUCAAGAGAGAAAUUUGAUCUACUGGUUACAUGACGCACUGGGAACACUCAGAACUGCAAUUUCCUCUAAACAGCUGCCAUACUACAUGAUUCCUGAGCGUAAUCUGAUGGCAGCAUGUGGAUUGCAGGAAGUACAGCAGCAUAAAUUGGUAGCAGAUAUCUUAGACAUGAUGGACGAAGGUCCACGUGUCAUACUGAGAUUGCCGAAGAUACGACAGGCAAUUAUCGGUCACCCAGAGCCGCUGUUGUGGUUAAUCAGGAGAAAGCUGGAGCUGGAGAUGAUAUACCUGGAGUUUAUGAACAGAAUGUUGCAAAUUAGAAAUGAGAACUGGGAGUUUGAUUGUUCGGAUACCAUACUGCAGGAGAUACUGAGACGUCAGUCCGAGAUACAUAGAGAGGUCAGUCUACGGAUGUUUAUGGAAGGCAACAUCGUUUAUAACCCAUAUGAUAUAAAUUUUGUUAAUAUAUUUUACAAAAUUCAGAUGUAAUCAUGAAUUAAACUGAUAUCUCAUUAUCUCUAUCUCGAUAUCUGCGGAAUAUUUAGAAGGCAUUGUUGUUUCUAAUCAGAUUCACAUUUUCAGUGGAACGAUGAUGAACACAUUAUUUUAAGGUAUAUAUUUCAUAUAAUCACACUGCUUCGGUUGAUUGUACGUUCGUUGCAUUUGGUUCUUGUAUUGUAUGUUGGAAAACUAAUUUAAGUAGCAUUAAUAACACAAAUUGAUAUGAUUUAGUUGAGGGCAAGUUGUAGUCGUAGUGAUGGUGUGGAAUUUGUGUAAGUGGUAGUUGUGGUGAUGGAAGGUAUUCAUGUAACCUUAUCCUUGUCAUCAAUGGGCAUUGUUGAUUUCAAUUGUUGUUUUUUAUUACGAUUGUAAAGUUAUUUGAAGAAUAUUUAGAUCUUUAGUUAAUAUCGUGAUAAUGUACAUUUUAAGCUAUAGUUUACGAUGCCCGAUUUCAAAUAUUUUUAAACUGUUAUAUGUUCCGGAACAUUGU